CGCCUGUGUGUUUACAUGUCAGCCUAUCAGUGCUGCCGGAUUUAGCGCAUCUGGAGAGGAACGAGGCUUCUCUCAAAUGCCCCUCAGACAAGGGGGAUUCUCAGCGCUGCAUAUAUCCCUCUUCCCCCGUCUGAAUCCAGCCUGUCGUGAAUCCUGCAUCCCUGUCUCCAUGCUUUCGGAGGCAUUUUGAAUUUCCUUGGCAACAUGGAGCUGCCUGAAUUAGAAUUCUCUGCAUGACAGUCCUGGUACGCAAUAGGAUGGUGUUUGGCGAGGCAGGAGGGCACAGCUACUUGGUGGCAUGCUGGCAGCCCAUCCUGAUCCUCAUGCUGGGCACCGUCCUCUCUGGCUCCACCACCGGUUGCCCCUCCCGAUGUGACUGCAACGGUCAGGAGCGUUCAGUCGCGUGCAAUCGACGGAGACUGGCAACUCUUCCUGAGGGCAUCCCCACAGAGACUAGGCUGCUAGACCUUAGCAAGAACCGUCUGAAAACACUGGGGCCCGAGGAGUUCAUUAAUUACCCUCAACUGGAGGAGCUGCAACUCAACGAAAACAUUAUUUCGUCCAUUGAACCAGGGGCUUUUGGCAAUCUCAAUAACCUUCGAACUCUAGGUUUGCGUAACAACCAGCUAAAGCUCAUUCAGCUGGGGGUGUUCACAGGCCUGACCAACCUCACCCAGCUCGAUAUAAGUGAAAACAAAAUUGUCAUUCUGCUCGACUACAUGUUCCAGGAGCUCUACAACCUGAGGGCUCUGGAGGUAGGCGACAAUGACCUGGUAUUCAUCUCACCCCGAUCAUUUCAUGGCCUAAGCAACCUUGAAAGCCUCAACAUUGAGGGACGCAAUCUGGCCUCAGUGCCCACUGAUGCCCUGAGCCAUCUGCAUAACAUCUUGUCACUUCAAUUACGCUAUCUCAACGUCACUGUCAUGAGGGAUUACUCCUUUAAAAGGCUCUAUCGACUCAGAGUGCUGGAGAUUUCUCAAAUGCCUGCCUUGGAUACCAUGAGCGCAAAAUGCUUGUAUGGACUCAACCUCACAUCAUUGUCCAUCACAAACUGUAAUCUUACGGUCAUCCCCUACCAAGCCAUCAGUCACCUAAGGCAUAUCCGGUUUUUGAAUCUGUCUUUCAAUCCCAUUCAUACCGUGGAGGGAAACAAACUGUUCAAUCUGCAGAAGCUCCAAGCUUUUCAUUUGGCCGGUGGAAGAUUAGCUGCCAUUGAACCCUACUCAUUCCGAGGGCUCAACCACCUCCGUGUACUCAAUGUGUCCAGCAACAGCCUGAACACCCUAGAGGAGUCUGUGUUCCACUCAGUGGGAAACCUGGAGACUCUGGCUUUGUAUGACAACCCGUUGGCCUGUGACUGUCGCCUGCUCUGGGUCUUUCGCCGGCGGUGGAGGCUCAACUUUAACAGACAACAGCCCGUGUGUGCAUCACCUGACCUUGUUCAAGGGAAAGAGUUCAAAGAUUUCCCAGACAUUCUCCCAUCCGACUAUUUCAUCUGCCAGAAAUCAAAGAUAAUGGAUUAUAAGGUUCAAGAAAGCCAUGUAGAUGAAGGAACUACGGUUCAUUUCGCUUGCAAAGCUGAGGGAAAUCCAGGCCCUGUGAUAAUGUGGCUGUCCCCUAAGAAGAAUUACAUCACUACCAAAUCUGCGGUGUCAAGACUUUCUGUGUCUAAUGAGGGCACACUGGAGGUGCGAUACGCCCAAAUCCAAGACAACGGCACCUACUUGUGCAUUGCAAGCAAUGCAGCAGGCAAUGACACCAAAGCUGCUCACCUUUUUGUGCAUAGCUACUCCCCCAAUUGGCCCCAACAGUCAAAUAAGUCAUUUGCCUUCAUUUCCAACCAGCCCAGCGAUGAAGGAGCUAAUGUGACCCGGGCCACCAUUCCAUUUCCGUUUGACGUUAAGACACUUAUAAUUGCAACCACCAUGGGAUUUAUCUCUUUCCUUGGAGUUGUUCUCUUCUGUCUUGUAAUAUUAUUCCUCUGGAGUCGCGGGAAAAACAAUAUCAAGUCGAGUAUAGAGGUUGAAUAUGUGCCACGUAAAGAGGAACCAGAGGAGGCCAGUCCAACUGAGGAACCCAUACAAUUCAACAUGAAGAUCAUGUGAAACUCAAAUGGAGAAGCUUACAAACAGCAGUCGGGAUUCAUGCCACCUUUGCUUCAAAUAUGUACUCCGUUAGUGAGCAAUAUAAAUUGCACAGCAGCAAACGCAUCUUGACAAAAGACCCUUGAAUCUUUCUUUUUUUUUUACUUCAGGGACUGAAACUUUAAAAGCAAAUGUUGAACUUCAAAUAUUCAAAUUUCUGUAUAUAUGUAUUGGCAAAACUGUAUCAGUAUGUUAACAUGCACUCAACAACAUGUGUCGAACAAAAUGAUGGAAAUAGUUGGAAAAAGCACAUGGAUCACAGUAGAUGGGUUUCCAAAAAAUGAUAUGUGGGUUUGUGUCUGGAAGGAUGUGGACAUUAGUCUCCAGAUACAAUCUAAUUAUGAGCACACAAUAAGAGAAAGAUAUUUUUGUUAUGAUGUUGUUGCCAUGUUUCGCUAUUAUAAUGUACAAAGCACAAUAACCGAUUAUGAGAACCUAAGUUCAGUUACUAAUUAAAAAUGUGAAAGGAAUUUUUGCCAUUUCAUAUUGUCCCAUCAUAAGCAUUUGAUAAGUAUGACAUGAGUAUCAUAUCUAUUUUCUAAAGAUAAAUAGCAAAAGAUAACAGGUUGAUAAUAAAGUUAAAGUUUGUGAGAGAAUAUAGAUGUACUGAAGAAGUCAUGAAAUUGCCAAGAUCAACGUUAAACUUUGAGAAAGAAAAAAAUCUGCAUUGCAAGAUUUGGAAAUAAGUUUGUAAUGUUGAGCAAAUAAUAACUUGUUAUUUGAGAAAAUAUCUGUUAAAAACAAUAUGAUGGUGGAUUAGAAGGACACUUUCUAACCACCCUGCAGGUCUUUUAGAGCAGUAAAUGAUGCCUUUAACAUCAUUAUUUUGUGUUCUGAUUUUUUCCCUUCAACUUGCGCAUGUUGAAAAAAAACAUGUAACAGUUAAUCCAACAGUAUCGUUUCCCCAUUAUGUCAUAGACAAGCCUUUUCGUCCAUAGGGUUUACAUUUGACUGUGUCUAUCAGUUGUAUUAACUGGAGUAUUUCCUUAUCUGGUGACAGCUAAAUGAUAAGUGUGCAUGUUAACACACUGAAGAAAAGAAAUAAGCCAGUACGUGAUUUUCUCCUUUCUGCCAACAAAGGAAGUGUUUCAUUAAAUGUAUUAACAUACAUGUUCAGCUAUAAAUAUUCUUUCUGUAUUUCAUUAUUUUCUUGUACAAUAUGCUAUGGCACAAAUGUAAUGCUUUUAAUGGCUGUGAGUUCUGAACAUAUUACCAUCCAAAGAGCAGAUUAAAUAUUGAUGUUUUGUUGAUGUGACCAAACAAGAAUGAGUGUUACAGCUCUUCAAAGUACCUUUGAAAAUCAUCAGAUUAACAAUUUAUCAUCAAGUGCAACAAACUUAAUUUGUUUACUGAUUUGGCAGCUCAAUAAGCGUAAGAACUCCGAGUCCUGCGGUUAAAUUGUCACCGGUGCAUCAAUAAAAACGCUGACAUUAUUAAAUUGUUGCUUUAAGUAACCCAUUUUCCAGCUUUCAGCUGAGCAAUACCCAAUGUGUAAGGGGUAAACUUGAGUUUAAUGCCUCAUAGGGAUUUUAUGUUGUCUAAUUAAUUUCACAGUCAAGGCCUGCUCUGAAGAUAAUGUGUUCAUUAACUCUUAAAAUACUUGUUUAAAAAAAAGGGAUGGGCAGAUGAAAAUGCUAUUAAAAUAAAUACGAUUUUAUACUA